AUGGAAGAGAAAUCCAACGAAAUUACCAAUCAUUCAGUUGACGAUACCGAUGUCAACGACACUUCGAUUAAUCCCGAUUUUAAACAGUUUCAAAGUGAUGAAAUUAAAUGUUUCAAAAUUGAAUUUGAUGAUCAGACAUAUUACAAUUUACGUAAGAUUAGUCGUAAACCUGCAUUUUACACUGAACAAGAAACAACAACAAAGGUAGAAAAAGAAAAAAGUAAGAAAAGUAAAAGAAAUGCAAGCACUGACGAUUUCUUUAAAAGAUGUGAUUUAUGCAGAGACAUAACCUUUACGGAAUCUCAUUGGAAUAACCAUAGAACCUUACAUUCGGAGUAUGCUUUCUACAUCUGUGUAAUAUGCAAAGAGAAAUUCACUACGAAUAACCAACUAAAAGAUCACAAGGAAAAGCACAAAGAUGAAACUUUUCUAUGUGUAAAAUGUAAGCUGGCAUUCUCGGAUCACCGUCUUUACCUAACUCAUCUUGUGACUCAUUUAAGAAAUCAACCCUUCAAUUGCUAUGAAUGUCAUUACAAAUUUAGUGAAAAAAAGAAGCUGGCCACCCAUAUUCACUCUCAUUACAGUGAAGUAACGGAAGUAUGUUGGAUAUGCAACAAAAGUGUAGCAAAGCGUACAUUUAAAAACCAUCUAGCGGAACACGAUAACAUUCAAUGUGUCGAAUGCCACAAAAUGAUCAAAAAAUUAUCUUAUAGAGUGCACAUGUCCGUCCACACUGGCAUCAAACCCUUUCAGUGCUUCUACUGCGGAAAAGGUUUUUCCACCUUCUCUCAGAGAAAUAUUCACAUGAGGCUACACACUAAUAUCAAACCGCACAAAUGCAAAAUUUGUGAUGAUACAUUCAGACAGUAUACAGAUUUGCAGCGGCAUAUUAGCAGCAAGCAUCGUGCGUUGCGUUACGAAUGUGAUACAUGUGGAAAAGUGUACAAGGAUAAGCAAUAUUUUAUUACACAUUUGAAAACGCAUACAAAUUACAAGCCUUAUAAGUGUGCUCAAUGCCCCGAGGCGUUUACUAUGUCUGCAUCAUUGAAAUGUCAUGUGUACACGAAACAUGUGAAAGGGAAACGGUUCCACUGUUCAAUUUGUGAUAAAAGGUUUCCACAUUUAUCAGACAUAGCUAAACAUAAGAGAACAAAAGGACAUUUACGCAUGCAACAUAAAUUGAAUAACUCGGACUAG